AUGUGCCCGAGAUCAUGGCUUUGUUAUUCACCAAUAUUAGCAAAACCAUACUGUGAAAAUUGCUGGCUUUUUGCUGAUCGAAAUCAUCCACGUUUUGGAUUGCAAAGUGCAUGGGUAGAUGGAGUUCAGAGCUCAAAAAAGCGAUUGCUAGCUAAGAUAAAGAAACAUGAAAACUCAUUGCUCCAUACUGAAGCAUCUGCUGUAUAUCUUAGAUGGAAAGAAGGGAAGACAAUCAGUGACGAAUCCCAAAAGCAGAACCAACGUGAAACUAAUUUAUGGGUGAACGUUUUGAGAAGGGUUUUGGGUGUAAUUCUUUGUCUGGCCUCGUUAAGUCUUGCUCUGCGAGGACAUGAUGAAAAAGUAGGUGAAGGACUUACACAAGGAGGGGAUUUCCUGGGUGUGGUGACACUGUUAAGCGAAUUUGACACUAUUACUAAUGAUGCCAUCUCCUUACCUAAGUAUGCAACUCGAUACAUGAACCCCAAAAUCCAGAAUGAACUGAUUCUAACAACAUCUCAGCUGCUGCGAAAGUCUUUGGUCACUGAGAUAAAUGAAUGUCCAUUUUGGUCAAUUGUACUGGAUACCACAAGUGACAUAAACAGAGUAGAUCAGCUCAGUGUCACUGCUCGGUGGGUUAAAGUACAAAACGAGAAUGUUACCAUUAAGGAAACUUUCCUUGGUUUUAUAUCUGUAACUGACGGAACAGCGGCCAGCCUCGUAGAAACAACAUGCAAAUAUGUCGAAGAUAUUGGACUUGACAUGGAAAAGCUCCGUGGUCAAGCUUACGACAGGCCGAGUGUCAUGAGUGGUGUUCACAAUGGCGUACAAAAGCUGAUAAAAGAUCAUUCAUCAAAGCCUGUGCCAUUCAUUCAUUGUGCAGCACACAAUCUAAACCUUGUUAUAAAUGAUGCCGUAAAUUCCGUUGUUGAUAAUGAUAACUUUUUCGGAGUUAUUCAAUCCAUUUACGUAUUUUUCUCAACGUCCAUAAAUCGGUCAAGAGAUUUACAGUUGCUCGCUGUUGAUUCGUCCUUGUCUUUAAAAAAGCUGUGUGUUACCAGCUGGUCGUCUAGAGUAGAUUCGGUCCGUGGAGUGCGGGACAGAUUUGUUGACAUUUUGAAGCGACUGACAGUCAUUUCGUUGACCAGCACGGAUAAAAAAGAACGUGAUGAAGCAGUUGGCAUCAAGAAGAACAUUGCAAAAAUUGACUUUAUCAUAAAUCUAGUUCUCUGGGAGAGAAUUUUGUCAUGUACCAACUCCACAUCAAAGGAACUGCAAUCGAAAAGUGUCGACCUCAGUGCCUCUUCCAGACUUUUAUCCAUUAGUUUGUCAGAACUAAGGUAUUUGCGAAAUUCAUGGGAGUCCGUUCGAAUGACUGCAAAUGCCCUUGCUGCAUCAUGGGGCAUUCCCAUUGAGUUUGAGAAAUGA